GUUUUCGCCGAGUUAAAUACGAUCACAACACAUAAUUGCGGUAAAAUCAAUAAAUGGACGGCGGGAACUGUGCGAAUUUGAAUCUAAAAUAACAAUGGACACAAAUCUCUAUAUAGACAUUAAGGAAACGCAAUGGCCAAUAGUGUACCGUCCCGAGUACAAUGUGCGUUUUUUUGGUUUGGAGAAGCUGCACCCGUUCGACGCGGGAAAGUGGGGGAACGUCUUUCAGCACCUGAAGAAAGCCGGUCUGAUAGACGAAGACACCGUCACUAAACCAAACGAAGCAUCAAAAGAAGAUCUUUUGGUCGUGCACACCAAGAAAUACCUACGUAGCCUUCAGUACAGUUUAAAUGUUGCUCGAAUAGCAGAAGUGCCUCCUCUAGUUCUUGUGCCAAAUUGUUUAGUUCAGAGCGGUUAUUUGAAACCGAUGAGAUUCCAGACGGGUGGCACCAUUCUUUCUGGAAAACUGGCCGUGGAGCGUGGAUGGGCGAUUAAUAUCGGCGGAGGGUUUCACCACUGCAGGUCGGAUUUGGGAGGAGGAUUUUGCCCGUACGCCGAUAUAACGUUGUUGGUACAGUUUCUUUUUAUUCAUUACCCUUUGAGUGUUCAAAAUGUGAUGAUCAUCGACUUGGAUGCCCAUCAGGGCAAUGGUUAUGAGCGCGAUUUCAAAGAUAAUAGAAAUGUCUACAUUAUGGACGUUUACAAUAGGAACAUUUACCCCUUCGACAGGGUUGCGAAGAAUGCCAUCAACAGGCGUGUGGAAUUACAAUCUAGGACCAGAGAUGAGGAGUAUUUGAAUAAAGUUGAGAAGAACAUCAACGAGGCGUUAAAUGAAUUUCUUCCAGAUUUUGUGAUAUAUAACGCGGGAACCGAUAUACUGGAGGGGGACUCCUUGGGAUGCUUAUGCGUGUCUCCACAGGGAAUCAUACGACGAGAUGAACUGGUAUUUACGAAGAUAAAAUCCAAGCAUAUUCCUCUAGUAAUGUUGACCAGCGGAGGAUACUUGAAGAAAACCGCAAGCAUUAUCGCCACAUCGAUUUUAAAUCUGCACGAUUUAGGGUUAAUACACGGCCCCGUUCCUCGUUACUAACUUCCACUACAUCUGUAUAGCUUCCCAACUAUUUUUCUAGAGAGCUUCCAUAUUUUUAAUAAAUUGUAUAAGAUGUUCUACAUUAUGUAUUAUAAAUAGGAAUAGUUAUCUUGUAGAUUUAUUAAACUGCUCAAAAAA